AUAGAGUGACUGCAAUGCAUUUUGGGAUACAGUACAACUGUAUACGCGUGUGUCGUACAGGAUAUUUGGCCAGUGCAGUAAAUAAUGUCGUCUGAGUGUUAGUGACUUAAUGGAGGUUUUCAAGUUCGUCGCAUCCUUAUUCUUGUGACUUCUGUCAGGUUAGAUAGUAUGUUAUUUCGGACUGGAUUCUUAAUCGCUUCCCUCGCAUGUUUUGAGUCUUGAAAGUUAUUAGUAGUUGAUGUACUGGUAGAAUGUCUACUGUAACGCCGCAUUUAAAUGAGCCAAAUCAUUUUCAGCGAAGUGAAUUCGAAGAUUCGCCAUCAGGAAACCAGAGAAGACGGCGUACUGUUGAACGAGCCGACGGAGAAGGGCGGAUACCGCGACAGCGGGUUGAUGUUGGUCAAACCAGACAUCGACCUCUAAGUGAUUCCAGUGUUGGAUGGCCCCACGUGGAUGGACCCAUUACCAGACAACCUCAUUUGGAUGACUGUCAGCGGAUGGGGACUCUGUUUGGGAUGCUCAAUAAGUGUUUAAGGGGAAUGGGCUUCAGCCAGAUGUACUUUGGGGACAAGAUUGUCGAACCAGUUGUGAUUGUGUUCUUCUGGCUGCUGCUCUGGUUCUUGGGCAUUCAGGCUUUGGGACUGGUGGGAACACUGUGCAUCAUCAUUAUCUACAUUCAGAAGUAAUACAGAUGGUCAGCGUUAAGACUGCUGAUUUCUUUGCUUAGUGCUUGCACAUGUGAAAUUCAUUACUUGCUAAUGACUUUAUGGAUUGUGGAAUCUGUUAUUUUAAUGAAACGCUGGAGAAGGCUGCGCUUCUGUGGCGGUGGUGGUUCACGGAUAUACUAUAGGUGUCACAAUGCUGUUAAAAAAAAUUUCAGUUAUAGAAACAGAGCUUCACAGGGUUGUCCGAUAUGGGGCUUCUUUGACCUCAGUAGCGCUGUCCUGGCAACAGAGCAGAAGUUACGAAUUCCAGCACUCAGGAAACAGAGCUGCACAUAUCUGCAUGGAGUGAUUAACUUAGAACUACUGAGUGUCUGUUACUGAGAUGUGAAAAUGCAUAAGUAAUAUGACUGCAGUAAUCAUAAGGAACUGAAUGUAAACCCUAACAUUGUACUUGCAGUAUGUGUUCAUGAAACAUUUUUGUAGUAAAAUGUUUAAUUUGUGAGAAACUAGGGAGUUCUUAAUCACUUGAGCAGGUUUUGUGGAACAAAACUUGUACACUGGAUACAGUCAACUUAUUGUAUCAAACAUACCUUUGCUAGUGUGACAAAGCUUCAUUGUUGAUGCUGCACAUAAUUUCAUUGGUAUGUUAAGUAUCUGCUGCUCAAAUGUAUCCAUAGAGCUGGUUAAUAUACUGAUAGAAUGUCAGUAUUACCUUAACAGACAGGAAGGAGUGGUUAGAGGCCAUGAUUGGAGUUUUUGCACUUGUUAGCUCUUUACAGUCUUGCUAGAUGAAACGGCUAAAAGGAACACCUAAGUGUUUGACAGUAUCUUCAAACUCAGAGGUUUUUGUUUUGUUUUGUUUUUU